CUAAGUGGUUUUGUUGUUUACAACAUGAAAGGGAUGCAGGGUUCUGUGUUCUGGUUGUUUGACGUAAAGUAACAGAACGCGCGUGUUACUUUAACUUUUUUAACACUUUUGUCUGUGUUCUCCACGACUCACUAUUUAAAUGCUGAAUAUCAGGUAUAUGUGGUAGUCUACCGAUCAACAGCCUUUUGCUAACAUUUGUGACAGUACUGCAAUUGUAUGUACCAUUAUCAAUGAGCCCUUUUCCCAUACAAUCCCCUCCCACUCUGUCUAACCGUGUACCAAGACAACUGCAGCGCGCUGAUAGCGUUCACGUGGAUGCUGUUUUGCAGCAUCAGAGGCGCACUUCCCAAGACCUAAUUUAUUUGACCGGGGAUGAUACAUGAUUUGGUUAGUGGUGUGAGAUGUUCAUUAUUUGCCAUGGCAAGAGGUCUGUUUUCAUGCGUCUGGCUGAGGAAGCCUAUCUACAUACAGGCCCGAUUCUCUUACCUGCACAUGAAGUAUAUGUUCUUCUCGUGGCUGGCAGUGUUUGUGGGUAGCUGGGUGGUGUAUGUGGAGUACUCAUCCUACUCAGAGCUGUGCCGUGGACAAGCAUGCAAGAAUGCCAUAUGUGACAAGUACAGGAAAGGAUUGAUUGACGGCUCGGCCUGCACCAGCCUGUGUGAGAAAGACACGCUGUACCUGGGGAAGUGUCUCUCAUCCAAGCCUAACAACCAGGUGUACUCUGGUGGCUGGGGGGACCUGGAGGGGGUGGUUAAGUGCCAGAUGGAGGAGGUUCCUCGUUAUGACCCGGGAGCUGAGAUGGAGCACAGGAAGGAGGCUUCGCGCUUCAACAAGCCCACCAAGGGAACCUCUGUGGAGAAGUUCAAAGCGAUAGUCCUCAGCCACCUCAAGACCAAGGUGGGUGAACAGGCCAACCUUCAAGACCUGGUGAGCCUGGUUCUUUUCGUGGCCGACUACAACAAAGACGGCCUCAUCUCUCUACCCGAGGCCCGUUCCAUGUGGGCCCUGCUCCAGCUCAAUGAGUUCCUUUUAGCGGUGGUCCUGCAGGACAGGGAGCAUGCCCCCAGGCUCCUGGGCUUCUGUGGGGACCUGUACGUGAUGGAGAAGGUGCCCUACGCUCCCCUGUACGGCAUCAGCCUGCCAUGGGUAGUGGAGCUGUGGAUACCCGCGGGGUUACGACGCAGCAUGGACCAGUGGUUCACGCCCUCCUGGCCCCGCAAGGCCAAGAUCUCCAUUGGCCUCUUGGAGCUUGUAGAGGACGUCUUCCACGGCACCUUUGGCUCCUUCCUCAUGUGUGACAUGAGUGCAGCCGACUUUGGCUACAACGACCGCCACGACCUGAAGGUGAUGGACGCUCGUCACAUCGUCCCCGAGGCCACUUUCCAGGAAGCCAUGAGGGAGCGGCGGUGCAACGUGGACGAGGACUGUCUGUACGGGACCGACUGUCGCACUUCCUGUGACCUCACCAAGCACCGGUGUACGCCAGAGGUGACACGGCCCAACCUGGCCAAGGCGUGCAGCUCGCUGAAGGAAUAUCUCCUGCGUGGGGCGCCGUCUGACAUUCAGGAUGAGCUGGAGAAACAGCUGUAUGCUUGUAUAGCGUUGAAGGGCUCGGCGGAGCAAAUGGAGAUGGAACACUCGCUUAUACUGAACAACCUGAAGACCUUGUUGUGGAAGAAAAUAUCGCACACCAAGGACUCCUAAUGAGGCGAAAAUAUAGGUACUGUACAUCCCGAUUUUCCACCCUUCUCCCAAAGUGUGCACUAGAACACUCCCGGUCAUGUAUUUGAAAGCAUUGGUUGGAAACAAGUUUUCGUCAUUGUAAAUCCAGUACGAAGAGUGGUUAAAUACACAAUUUGGAAAAGGGUGGAGAGUCAGUACACAUAUGAGCACUACCGCUGCCUCUCUGUCAAACCGUCUGGUUUCACAAUGCCUCAGAACUGGACUUGAAUGGGAGUCUAUGGCAGGAGUGGAUGAAACAACCACUGGUUUUAAUUGGCAAUUCUGUCUCUCACCAUCUAGUAUAACCCUUAGAACCUCCCCCUACUUUGUGGACUUGUGGAGUUCAAAGUGCAAGUAGCACAAAUGAUUUAAACAAGUGAGAGAGUUUGGAAAAUGUGCAAGUACUCAUCUAGAAAUAGUUUUCACAUAUUAACUUUAUAUUUCUGAACUCAGAAUCAGUUGAACAUCCCAAAAAUAAUAUGAUCAAUGUGAUAGAACAUUUAUUUUAAUUUGGCGAUUUUCACCAAGUCCCAUCUAACAGAGCUCCACAGUGGAGGUGUCAUAAUACCCAUAAAUCCUUGCGGUCAAACAGAAAUGGUUCCAAUUGUUUUGACAUCACUCAUUUUUCCCAUAGGGGAUUUCAGAAACACUUCAAAAUAAGGGCUGCGUUUCGUGAUAACCAUAUAAAUCUCUCUCGAACAAGGUGACAUUUAUCAAUAUAUUCGGCUGUAUUUACACUAGGCUACCUGGGGCAGCAGUAACUGGAAGGUUGCUGGAUCAAAUACCCAAGCUGGAAAGGUAAAAAUCUGUCAUUCUGCCCCUGAGCAAGGCAGUUAACCCACUGUUCCCCGGGAGCCGAACACAUGGAUGUCGUUUAUGGCAGCCCCCCGCACCUCUCUGAUUCAGAGGGGUUGGGUUAAAUGACACAUUUCAGUUGAAGGCAU